AUGACGUUCUUGCGAAAGAAAGCUGGUGUAUCUCAUUUUUUACAAACAAAUAUCACUCAGUUGGAAGAAACAGUUGAACAAACGUUUGUAAUAUCGUCAAAACUACCUCGAUAUAUGCCAACAUCAUCACCAGGUUUAGAAGCAACAACAACAACAACAACAACAACAGAAUAUAUUCAUAAUGAAAUAGACUAUGAUACAAAUAAUAGUAUCGUGUCUCGUAAAGAUGUCAUAUUAGAUAGUUAUACAGAGAAAGGUAGUCUUGUUGAUUACAUUGAUAUUCUCUACUGCAAUGAUAGUAGACUAGAUACUACAAAAGCAAAAUUUUAG